UUUUCUAGAUUGGCUUUACUCGUACUUUCAGUGGUGAAUGUUCUCUUUGGUGCGCAUGCGUAAUAGAUACCCCGUGAAGAAUCCACUAUCGCCGCUAUCGUAUUCCGUCUGUGAGAGUGCGAAAAUAAAAUGUUAUCGGGAGCUUAACGUGUAAGAAAUCUGAACAGGUGUAUGCAAGGGUAGGCGAUAGUCCCACCUAGUUUUUCACAUAGCAUCAUUUUGACCUUUCGCUUCUACUGUCAUUCAUUUACCGAAGUCUUAUUACUUGGUCCGUCCUCUGUGUUUGUUGGAGACCAAUGUAGACCGCAACAUACGGAGUGACAGUAAAGAAAGCGCCUAAAUUGCGACGAUUUGAAAGCCCGAUAUGGGUGGAGACCGCAAUUCGUGUAGUUACCAGUGUAAUGAUAAAAUCACACACUGACCGAAGCUCGAAAUGCGUCUACUAGGGAGGGAUGUUAUUCGUUAUGACUUGUUCAAAUGGCGUUACCAAAUGCACGCACUUAUAACAGCUUAGUUUUUUAUAUCAAUCUUGAAUGAGCAAUAUUUCUUGGCGUUUUCUACCAUCUAAGAACACUGUACAAACCAAAAGAUGUUCAUAGUUUAUUUGCCAUUAAACCUCACGCUAACCUCACAACUAUAUUUCGUCCAAUCAUUGCGUUGUGUUGAUUAUGUUGUGAUCGCUUUGAUAAUGAGAGUAUUUCAAUAACCGGAUGGUGAACAGAUUCGGAAACAAAGAGGAUUUUAAGACCUUUCGCCACACACGAACAAUGCCGUAUUCGGUUCACGCAAGCUUUAUUGGUGAGAUUUCUCGGCCCUAAUCUCCCGGUUUUAUUUCAUCGCCAGCAGGAAGGGAGGAAAUUCCUCGGUCGUACAACAUGCUCAAGUCGACCCUCACAGUUAUUUUCUCCUCUUUCACUCUGUUCUGUUACGGAAAACUGGCUCUGAAAAACCUUAUAACAUAUCCAAAAUACUCAUAUACGACCUUCGAACCUUGGAAUCUGCACGGAGAGGUCUCCUUUGUGUUUCGGACAAAUCAGAGCAACGGACUUUUACUAUACCAAGAUGAUGGAAUGCAUGACUUUGUAGAGCUCUUUUUGGACAAUGGAAACGUGCGUAUAAAAAUUGGCAUUGAUGACUGCUACAUCCAAGAAAAGCUCGUACAAGGGAGCUUUAACGAUUUUCACUGGCAUCGUGUUAGAAUUACUCGAGAGCCAAGAAAUGUGACAUUUGCUGUAGAUAGAGCUUGGCUAAAACUACCUUGCAGUCCCUCGAAAGGCGAUAAGUUCGCUCGAGCGACAGGAAGGUUUCUCUAUGUCGCAAGUUUCCCGCCAACACUGGGUUUGAAUCUCAACUGGCUCGUCUUUCCCGGUACGUUCCACCAAGCCAUGCAAAACAGUUUUGAAGGCUGUUUGGGGGACCUGUGGUUUACGACAUCCGAACAGAGACUGGAUCAAGCGACGCUGCGUGACUCAUCCGGGACCACGUCGGGAUGUAACAGUCCUUGUCGCACACCGCAACUCAAUAAGUGUUUGCAUGGUGGGCGCUGCUCGGCCGAGAUUGGCCGUGUUGAAUGCGAGUGCCAGGGGACUGGGUAUGAAGGAGAUGACUGUGGGAUAGAGUCGUCGUCUGCGUGGUUUAACGGUAGCUCGUACGUACUUUAUGACGUUGGUAUUCACCAGCCAGGCCGCUCAACCCUCACCAACACCAUCGCCUUCCGUUUCGCCACAGGAAACCCGGACGGCGUGAUCAUCCACAGCAGCAUGUUUGAUGAUCACGUGGUCGUGGAGCUGUCUAAGGGAUUUGUGAGAGUCAGCUUCGACUUGGGGCAAGGGAGACUGAAUAUAACCAGCCGUGAAGGAUGCCUACACGAUGGUACCUGGCACUCCGUCACCAUCCAUCGCAAGCGUCGACGAGUCACACUCGAUCUGGACAAACAAGAGCGCGUCACAGUGGUCAUCCCCGGACAGUUUUCCUUCCUGGACUUCAAGGGUGGCCAGGAAAAGUUGUACUUUUGCGGUGGACCGGACUCGGACACUUUGGCUUACUCGUAUUCCAGGAAGAACUUCACGGGUAUCAUUCAGCAGUUGAGAUUUGACGAGUAUCAAGUUAUUGAUGAGGUUUUCGCAGACAGGGUUCACAAGGAGUUUGUAGCCGUUGGUGAGGUCUCUAACGCAAGCGCAAUACUGAGCAAGAUCUCCCAGAAUCCUCUUCCCCUUCCAAACUGCUCUAGACUUGCUAGAGUACCCCCUGUGGACCUCUGUGGGACCGGAAGUGAUGAUGAGGACCUCUGUGAAAUAGCCGCUUCCGGUCUUGGGCCGGAUGAUCCCGCAUGUGAUUCUACUGACGGGAAAUGCGGCGUGCAAGUCGAAGAGACCGAAUAUUCCUUGGUGGUGAAAAUUCUCCCGAAACACUCUCGCAACACUGAAGCCAGUUCACGCAUGCGCUCAACCUCACAGGAAGAGGAAGUGAUCACGGUACAAGCCCAACAGGUUCCUUCCCAGACCCCUCAAAUAACCCCGAGCCCGAUCAACCAAGAAACGAGGAUGACAGUGGGGCCACAGUGGGAAUCGUCAUAUUACAUCACCCCUGUAAAAGAGGAAGAGGCGGGAUUUCUACCUACACCAGCACUUCCGGCCUCCACGGAGCUACUCAUGGCUUACCGAGCACAGAGCGAGGGUCUGGGAAAGAGCCCGUACCACAGGAAUACCGACAAACCCGUGCGAAGCGUGCGAGCAACCGAGGACAAGAUUUACAUGACCACGCCUGCGAUACUUACAGCGGCUGCUAGUGUUCCGGGCAUGCGUGGAAAUGCGUCGGUGAAUAUUUUAGCUCAAAGGAGUGGAGGGUUUUGCAGCGCAAAGUCUCAUACAUUGAUUAUCGUUUUAUUUAUUUUUUGUCCCGCAGUUUUGCCAUGAGUCAAUUAGGAUUGCUAUUCUUCGUAAAUAAAUGGUUGUAAAUAGAUUUUAAAAUUUCUUUUAAAAUUUGGAAACAGUU